AUGGGCAUAUAUAUAGACGAUAUUGUCGACCUAAUUGGUGUGUUUGAAGCUGACCGUCGCACCAUCAACAUCACCAUCAACUCUUUUGGCACCGAACUCUCCAAAGAGCAACGCGCCCAUCUUUUCCCUACCAUCGGCAACUUGUACUCCGCUGGUAACAAUGCUUUGGCUAAGGCAGAUGAUGUCGAACAG